GUCCCGACAGCAGGAGGAGGAGGAGAACCUGUUCACCAGCUUCACGCAACUUUCACUCCGCUCCUGUACGAGCUGGGAGCCGCACGAGCUCCGGACCCCGACACACACACACACACACACACACACACACACACACACACACUCACUCACCUGGUUCGAGAAGUGUUUUGUGCAUUUUUCUCCCGAGGAGCCGAGGAUCACCAUCGGUGGACGCCGGCGAUGUCUGGAUCGUUCUACAAAAGUUUGUACCCGUUCAGCGGGGAGCAGCACCAGCAGGGACUGAGCUUCGAGGCCGGGGAGAUUAUUAAGGUGGUCCAGGCUCUGCCCGGAGGCUGGUGGGAGGGAGAGAAGGAUGGAGCCAGAGGAUGGUUCCCCUCCAGUUACGUCCAGGUGCUGGAGAGGACAGCAUCUCUGAGUCAACUUCCCGUGGAGGACCUCAGAGACCCCCUGCCUCCUCACUGGAGAUGCUACAUGUCUCCACAAGGGCGGCGAUACUAUGUCAACACCACAAGCAAUGAGACAACAUGGGAGAGACCGUCUAGUGUACCUGGGACCCCCAAAACCCCAAUCCGACACAAGAACUCCCUGCCAGCAGUCAAUGGAUUUCACUCAGGUGGUAGUCCCUUGCAUCAUGUGGAGCAUUCGCACACCAGUCUGGUUAGGAAGAGCAGUAUAGAGCCACAGAGCCCGGGAUCAACGUCGCCCACCAGGAAACACAACAAGGAGACCACGGUCACGAUUAAUUGUGUGACGUUCCCGUCGCCUGCAUGCAUGCCGGAGCAACAGCUGCUGAAACCGGACGAAUGGAGCUACUGUGACUACUUCUGGGCUGAUAAGAAGGAUGCCCAAGGCAAUGGCUGCAUUACAGGAUUUGAGGUUUUGCUGCAGAAACAGCUGAAGGGGAAGCAGAUGCAGAAAGAGAUGGCCGAGUUCAUACGAGAAAGGAUAAAGAUAGAAGAGGAGUACGCCAAGAAUCUCUCAAAGCUCUCCCAGAUCCCUCUAGCAGGGCAGGAAGAAGGGACUCUGGGGGAGGCUUGGGCUCAGUUGAAGAAGAGCCUGGCAGACGAAGCUGAAGUUCACCUAAAGUUCUCCUCGAAGCUCCAGAGUGAAGUGGAGAAGCCUUUGCUGACCUUCAGGGAGAACUUUAAGAAGGACAUGAAGAGGUUCGACCAUCACAUUGCAGACCUACGGAAGCAGCUGGUUGGUCGCUAUGCCGCAGUGGAGAAGGCCCGCAAAGCUCUGGCUGAUAGACAGAAAGAGCUGGAGUUGAAGACUCAGCAGUUGGAGAUCAAACUCAGCAGCAAGAUCGAAGAAGACAUCAAAAAGGCCCGCAGGAAAUCCACACAAGCAGGAGACGAUCUGAUGCGCUGUGUCGACCUUUACAACCAGUCCCAGUCCAAAUGGUUUGAGGAGAUGGUCACCACAAGCCUGGAGCUGGAGCGGCUGGAGGUGGAGCGGGUGGAGAUGAUCAGACAGCAUCUGUGUCAGUACACCACCCUCCGGCACGAGACAGACAUGUUCAACCAAAGUACGAUGGAGCCGGUGGACCAGCUCCUGCAGUGUGUGGACCCAGCCAAAGACAGAGAGCUGUGGGUGCGGGAGAAUAAGACUGGAGAAAUCAGGCCAGUGGACGUAGAGAUCUGAUCUCAGUGCUGUCAGAUGGCUCUGCAUAUGCACACUUUUACCCCACAGUACACACAGACACACUGACCCAGAGCCUACCUGCCUGAGGACUGACUGGGAAAUGAAAUCUGUGCUGGGAUCGCCCCCCCACUGAUCCAUGUGUGACUCCUAACAGACUGAGGGAUGAGUAGUCGCUGGCUCUUCACAUCCCAACAGCCACCUGCUGUGGAUGCUGUCAGUGUUUGGGCAAUUUAGUGAGAACUCUAAGGGAUGAAUGAAGAUAUCAGAUAGUAAUGGGUUGUGUUUUUCUGUUAUUCAAGCUGAUACCCAACUAAAACAGCACAGGAGAGCAAAUUCUUUACUAAAGGAUACUCAGCUGGGUCGAAUGAUGAAGAAGCACCAACAAUGAAUAUUUAACGUGUAAAUGAUGAAUAGCUUUAUGUCAUGCAGCAGUGUAAAGCUGCAGUUUGUAUGUGCUUUUGCUCUGUGAGGUCAUUUUCUGAUUCACUUGUGUACUGAUACACAUGUGACUUUGGGGCUGCAAAGCUGUUGGCAAAAAUGAUUUAAUGGAUGCUGCUAAGCUAAAUGCAUUCUGACCUGAGAGUGUUAAUUACUGUGCACAAAAAUAAUGGGCCUCAAUUUCCCACAGGAGUAAACUACAGUAUGUUUUCUCAUUUCUAGUCGACUGUGGAUUUUGUUGGUUGAAGUGACUACUGUCGCUAGCAGAUUGGAUUGGCUGUAGUUAGCUAGGCUAAGCUAAUGCUAAUGCUAAAAUUCCAUCCCCAGUUGACAUUUGUUUCCAAUUUGUUUUAAACCAACAAGCCUGUGAAAGGGUCAUAAAUAUGCACAUAAUGUCGUCUCAGGCAAAAAGUCAACAUUCCUCACGAGCUACAUGGAUGUAGGUGACAUUGAAAUAAAGAAACAGCAUGGUUUGUGUAUUGGUAGCCCUAGUGUUAUACAAUAUUAUAAAUAAAAAUGUAAUUAAAAUGUUAUUCAUUCUAAUAUAAACCUUACAUGGUUUAAACACAUAGAAAAACUUACUUGGAAACUUGGAAAAAAUCAUCGCCUUUACAAGAGAAAAGGAUGUGGGAAUGAGAAAUAACCAGGGUUUAGCAAACAUAACACUAUCCAGCGCCAGUUUGGCUGACGUUUCUGGACUGUAACCUUACCCAAACCAAAUAAAGAGCAUCUUGGCUCCCAUGCAGUGGAUGUUUCAGUCUUUAACAGGUAUAUUUCUAACAUAGCCUGUAAUCCCACAUAAUAGUUGGCUAAUGACAAGCCCCUUACCACUGGAUAUAAUACUUGGUUACUACUUUGGGUAGUAAGCUAGUUAGCCGGGCAUGCUAAUGUUUGUAGCCUACAUUAAACCAUUGUUAAAUACAUUCUUUAUAAUUUUGCUUUUGUGUAUUUGGUUUUGGAAAAGUGAAAAAAAAAAUUUAAAAAAUUUUUAGUUAGCAAGUAUCGCUCUCAUUACAGCCCCAUACACCGUUUAGGCAUGAUGCGAAACCCAAAGCUUGACAGGCCUGCAGCGCCAUGGAUUAGCGAACAGUCAAUUUCUGCGGGCUAAAUUCACAAAUCUGGCUACACUUCCUAGCAUCCCACAAAAAAAAAA